GGAUGUUCACCGCCCCAGGGCCUAGUGGCCUGCGUUUGGAGAAGGGCCAACAGACAGCCAUCUGCGAACGAGCCCACACCAUCCUCCACUACGACCGCCGACGGAGCGCCGGGAGGCGGCAGUGGAGGAGGAGCGACAGCAGCUACGAGCACGCCUGCGCGCUAGCGAGUAGUGGUUGACUGGGUGGUGGAUUGCUUCCUGCGCUCCUGUCGCAGUUCGGAAUUUGCAGUGCGCCUGCGCGUUGGUGGAGGGAAGGAGGGCGGUGUCCGGCCUUGUGUUUUGAACGUCUCGAUGGGGGUAGCUCACUAUUUGGCAGGAAGGUAAGGAGGCCUCUAUCCUGGCGGUGGAGCUCGCGUACGGAGAGAGGGAUCCAAAUGUGGCAGAGGCGAACAGGAGGCAGCAGUGGUGACGGUGGAGUGGGACAAACGAGACAAGGGGAGCAGCUGUCCCUAUUGCUGCUACAGAGAGUCUGAGUGGCCUAGUGAGACAGAAGGACUGCUGUGGUUGCAGCGCUAACGCUCCUAGGCCGUCCUCCUGGCGUUCCCAGGCGCCCCCCCCCCCAGCAGAGUGAUAUAAUUGAAAGUGCUUCUCCUUUAUUUGAGGAAGAACAAAUUGGUGAUUGGAUGGUGGAUUAAUAAAUAGCUGUUGUAUUACAAGAGUAAGAAGGUAUUUUGGGAGUUGGGAAGAACCGGAUUUUCACCCUAGUCUAGCAGCUUUGCUGCUCACUUAAACACAGAUGAAUGAAGACCCCAUUUGGAAAAUCACCAGGUCAGCGGUCCAGAGCUGAUGCAGGUCAUGCAGGAGUCUCUGCAAGCAUGAUGAAGAAAAGAACUUCCCACAAAAAGCAUAGAAACAAUGUUGGACCAAGCAAACCUGUUUCUCAGCCACGAAGAAACAUUGUAGGCUGCAGAAUACAGCAUGGCUGGAAAGAAGGGAGCGGACCUGUAACACAAUGGAAGGGCACAGUUCUUGAUCAAGUUCCUGUAAAUCCCUCUCUCUAUCUUAUAAAGUAUGAUGGAUUUGAUUGUGUGUAUGGACUAGAACUGCACAAAGAUGAAAGAGUUUCAGCACUCGAAGUCCUUCCAGACAGAGUUGCUUCAUCUCGAAUUAGCGAUGCCCACCUGGCAGACACAAUGAUUGGCAAAGCUGUGGAACAUAUGUUUGAGACAGAGGAUGGCUCAAAAGAUGAAUGGAGGGGAAUGGUCUUGGCUCGAGCUCCUAUUAUGAACACAUGGUUUUAUAUUACCUAUGAGAAAGAUCCUGUCUUGUACAUGUACCAACUCUUAGAUGACUAUAAAGAAGGUGACCUUCGCAUUAUGCCUGAUUCCAAUGAUUCACCUCCUGCAGAACGGGAACCAGGUGAAGUUGUGGACAGCCUGGUAGGCAAACAAGUGGAAUAUGCCAAAGAAGAUGGCUCAAAACGGACUGGCAUGGUCAUUCAUCAAGUUGAAGCCAAACCAUCUGUCUAUUUCAUCAAGUUUGAUGAUGAUUUCCAUAUUUAUGUCUACGAUUUGGUGAAGACAUCCUAGACGUCAUCAUGAACUUCUGCCAAAUUUGUGGAACUAUUAAAUGUAAAAUUUGUAGACACAAAGACUUGACUGUUUUUCAGUUAAAUGAAAGCUUAAAUGUCCCUGCGAACCCACAAUCUCUGCCAGCAAAACUGUUUUGUUCUGAAUAAUACAAAUUUAUGUGAACAUGACACAUUUUGCAUAAGAGAACUCCUUUUCUUGAAGGAAUUUGAUAUAUUUGGGUGGGAGGGAGUUAAAAGCAAAGAACAGCUGCAAAUUCAAGCUGUGUGAAGUCAAUCUAGUAUUGUAAUCUAGAUUUUUUCAUAGAUUUUAACUUUUUCUUCAACCUUGCACUCACCUGUUCAACUGCCACAUGCAAGUGUAGUUUGCUAUUUUUGAUAUGCCUUCUUUUGUAACAUUAAAUUUAAUUUCUUGGCUACUGGCAGUCCUUGUUUUCUGGGUUGGGACAGAGGUGACUCUUUUGAAAGGUUUAAACAGUUUGUGCAGCAGUAAGGAGUGCCUAACCCAAGUAACAUCAAUCUACUGUGUUUCUACACUUUAUUUCAAAUUAAGCUUUUUAAGAACUUGCAGUACGUGGAAAUACUUGUGCAUUUUUACUAGUCACAGGGCAGUAGGAUAUCAAGUGUUUGACUUAUGCACCUUUCAGUGAAAAGGCUUUAAACUAUAAAAAUAUAUUUAAUCUGUAUAACCAGUUAAUUAAAAAAUGCAGGUUAAGGGCCUGUGUUUACAAGUUGUAGGAACCAGUAAAAUACACACAACAAAGCUGCCUUUAAUCCUAAAUGUUGUACUCUGUUUUGUUAUAUACAUUUCUUAGCAGAACCGAAGUGCUUGGUGCCACAAGUUUAACUAUAUAUGCUACUUAAGAAGACUUUAGACUACACAUUGGCAAUCAGUAGUCUCUCAUUUAAUAUCAGAACCUAGCAACCUGGAUGUUUGUGUGUGGACUUAGAAACCUAAUAGUAGUUAAUCUUUUACAUGGUAAAUACAAUCUUAUGGGGGUGGGGGGUCCUUUUACACUGAAGACCUCCUUUAGAGAAGGAGAAGCAUUUGUUGCCUUCUCAGUCUGCUGUAUUCCUUUGCUUUGUUUUGUUUUGUUUGGGGUUUUGCUAUUGUUUUUAACCAUUUUGGUUCAAGAAGGCAUCUUCUCAAUGUAUUCUUUUUCUGGCUUUUCCACGUAAGGAGUGUCCAGACAAAUCUACAGUUUAAACCUGUUGUUGCCUUUUGUGGUGUACUUGCUUUGAGGUAUGCUGUCAACAUGAAUUUCAUUCUAUGAACACUAGAGUUCUGCAUGCCAGUGGUGUACUAUCUAAUGGGAGCUAUAGACAGUCUCAGUGGUUCAGUCAUCUGCAUUAGAUUGUGGAUGUAAAUAGCAGCCCACAACAGCAGAAUCCUUUCACAGUUUUAAUCUUGCAAGAUAGUUGUAAAUCAAGGUUAGGGUAUUUGUUGGUUUUUAAGUGUAGCAACUUUUAAAAGCAUCAGAAUUGUAACAAGGAUCAGCAUAGCAACAAAAUUGUCAUGUUAAAGCAGAGCUCUACAAGCUUCAAAGCACUGCUUCACAGAAAUACAGUAUGUGAAGAAUGUGAAUACAGUCAACGCUAUUGAUGGAAGGAAGGAACACAUAGAUAUCCAACCUUAUGCUGUUAGUGGAAGGAUGCAGGAGAGGUACUGUUAAUCAGAGAUCAGAAGUCUGACCUCUAUUGUGGGUAUUCUUGAUAUCAAAGACUCAGUGGUUUAAGUCCCUUUCUGUCCAUAUUUUUGGCCUGAUUUCAUAUUUUAGCCUUAAGGCUUGUGCCUCAUUAUGCUGUUAGAUGGUAAUACUGUAUAAAUAUGGUAUCUUAAUUCUUUGUCCCUUGCUACUAUAUUGCAUUAUGUCCUGUAUUUCGUCAUGGACAACCAAAGGCGGGCUAUUGUCUUUCAGUUCACAGCUUCUCAAUCCAGUCUUUAAGCACUAAAUACCUGAGUCAGUAAAUUUUUAUUGUGUUUUGAAUGAAGUGAGCAGAUUUGCAACACAGUGCUUUCAUCCUGCAGAUCUGUUAUGUGCUUUCUAUUGACUCUUAAGAGUCCUGCAUGUAAAUCUCAAAGCUGAGCCUGGCUCCAUGAGCCCAAGUUGAUAUUUGUGGCACAAGAAUAAGUGCAUUGAUUACACACAAAAUACAUGAAUAACUUAGUACAAUGAAUUUUGGGCUUUACAUCUAAGGAAUACAAGGUUUGUUUUGAAAUAUUUGAGGUUUAGGUCUACUGGAAUGUUUUUAGCAUUAGGCUUGCAUUUGUGGGUUUUGUGCAAGCCACUCUAAUACACCACAUAUUUUGCUAAUUAGAAUAUAAUCUAUACACUGUCAAAUUUUAUGGUUGUUUUUAGAUGUCCCCGUUGUCUGUUGCAUGGGUUUUUUUCUUUUCAUCUUUUUUAUUAAGGUUUGGGGAGUGGUGGUUUUGGUUUUGUGGUGGUUUUUUUUUUAAUAGCUUAAACCACCUUUUUGAGACUUGAGACUAAUUCCACUCCCUACCAUCUGCUUUGGGCUUUAUUUUAGGCUCAUGUUUCAGAUCUGCAUGCAGUGCUUGCAUUACCCUAGUAACUACAUGUUGGUCCCUUGUUCUAGGGGUUCAACAUUACUUUCCAAAUUUAUCAUAGGUCUUGUGAUGGCACAAGCCAUGGAUCUUUGUAUAAAAGUUAUUUGCCUCUCUCAUUUACCUGCUGUAGUAUUGUUGUAUAUUGUGUGUGUGUGCAUGAUGUCAGGCUGCUAUGUAAAACUUUUAAAAAG